UUCAGGGUGGCUUUAACUCUCCCCACAUACCCUUCCUCUUGUGUUCUCACAUCCCUUUUCAGGUGGAGGUUCUCACAAAUGCUGUCUCAAAAUAGUCCUUUUUUUUUUUUCUUUUUUUUUAAUUAUCUGAGCCAUCCCACAUGCUCUUCUCACUAAUAUAAAAAAGAAUAAUUUCACUUUCACAUUAGGAGGACUGAUUUCAAUUGCCAUGUUAAAAUAUUACCACUUUAGUUCACUUUCUUGUCUGAACUGGUAUAAGGAGUUAUUUCCUUUGCUUUUUAUUACUCUUUCAGAGCAGAAAAUGGGAUUUGCCUAUUAACUUAGGUUAUGCCCUCAUGGUUCUGGGUUGAUUUUAUUGUUAUGUCUCCAGGUCAGUGCAGAAUAAGCUUAAAUCAUGAUCCUUUUUCCAUAGGGAAUCUAACCAGUGUACUCAGGUUUUUCAGCCAAGCGUGUGUUUUGAAAUUUCUACUAUGAGUAGUGCCCAGGGCAGCCUGUAGUCCAUAGUGUACAGAAACAGAUUUUUCUGUUGGCCAGCUUGGUCAUGUCUUUCUACUCGUAACUGAAAUUAUCAAAGAUUGUACAACCGGAUCUUGGUUAAUAUUGUUGAUCCAGAAUUUAAUCUUGAACCCUUUGUGUGUAGCCACACAGUUUCCCUGGAAGAGAGACAGGAGGUCUGAAAGUAAGUAAACACUUACUUUUUUUAAUUAGGACACCUGGCCGUGGACGUGUGCGGAGACCUCAUCUUCUAGUCAGAAGGUGAUUCACAUGUAGUCAAGCUUCUGAUCAUAAUCUCACUUCGAGGUAGAGUUACCAAAAAGAUACUUGCUCUACUUUCACGUGACCCACAGCUGAGGUAAAUGCGUGCACCUCUUUCAUCUGGUUUUUCACAGUUGCUCUGCGGAGGUCUGUGGGGCUACGUGCUGAGCAAUGGGGCUGCUGAUUGUGCUCAAGAUGUCAGAGUUACAAAUCCUAGUUAGUUUAAUUUGAACAGCAGUAAUGCAAGGAAUGACAACAGAAAAGUCAUUUCUAGAAAGUGAGGUCUUGCUUUAUGAGAAUCAGAUUUAUUUUUUUUUUUUAUAUGAGACAAAAUCUCAAUCCAAAAGAUGGGCAAAGCCUAGAGGAAUGCUAAGUGCCAGACGUGCAGGAGAUGCCUUUGAACCGAGUGCUGUGAGGAGUAGUUUGGGUGUGGAUGUGCUAAUGAGUUACAGCGUAAUAACAAGGUUUUGCACAGUGGCUUUGUCCUGCAGUAAGUGUUACACAAUCCGAGAAAAUACACCCUUCCAUGAAGGAGAGUGACUGAGAUGUCACCUGGGGGUACAUUGUAAAGGAGUACGUCUCUUUACUGCUUGAAAAAUUGCAUUUUGUCCAGUAUUAAAGCAGCUUCUGUCCUUGGACUGUGGACUCUGCAGGAGCCUGAGGUGUGAUGGAGCUAGUGCUGGAAUCUGUGCUUCCAGGGGAGAAUGGGGUGAGGGUAACGUGUGUGGGAUGUCGGGAUUGUGGGUUAGGAAAAUGGGAAGGUUUUGAGGCUGGGGGUUUGUGGAGAGGAGGCUAAGCAGAGAUGAGACCAUAGGUAUAUAUAUUAGGAAGCUGGAGUGGUGAGAAGUGUGUUGGGAGGAGGCAGAGGGCGUGAAAUAGUGGCACAGUGGAGAGGAGGGCUGGAUUGGGAAAGUAGGAAUGUAAGAUACAGGGUGGGGGGGUUCAAAAGUGUAUGGUAAGGAAGGGUUCCCAGUACUGUACCAGUAUCUCCAGGGCUAUGUCCUCCUUAGCCACAAAAUAAUGCAAAUACUGCAUUUUGUUGGGCAGUUACAGGGCUCUGGAAGAGCUUGCCUCACUAUGUUGCUCACAUUGCGAUGCCACUGGAAGUUGGAAUAGGCAAAGUGAAGCUGAGCAUUCGUGAUGUCCUGGAUUUUGUUUUCUCCCCAUUUGUAGCACUCAGAAUGCUCUGAUUUAGUCUGUGCAGCUGUGUCUUAUGUUAUUGGCUGGCUCCAGUGUGUGUGUGCCCAUUCAUUUGGUUCUCUUCUGGCAUGAGUGAUGGCUGCUGAUGCUUUGAUGGUGAAGCUGGUGGUUUAGUUCCCCUUUCUGAAUGUAUUGCAUGUGUAUAAAUAUGAUUCAUAAGCUGGAAAUCCAACUUUGCUUAAUUAAACCAAUUAGACGCAGUAAAUAAUGCAUUUGUGGUUGGUUAUAACAGAGAAGGGUAGUUCAACCUCUAAAAUGUAGCCCUGUCUGCUUCUCAGUAACAGGGUUAGACGGCUCUUGCGGUUUGACCCCAGCUGGCAACUAGGACUGAGCAGCCGUUCCCUCACUCACUCCUCAUCCCCUAAGUAGGACUGGGACAAGAGGGAGAAAAAGGAGAAAAAAACAAAAUAAAUGGGUUGACAUAAAGACAGUUUAAUAGAAUGGUAACAGAAGAAAAAAAAGUAUUAAUGGUAAAAGAAUGUACAAAAUAAAAUGAUGCAGCACAAAUUGCUUCACUGCCCAAUGAUCGGUUGCCCAGCCCAUCCUCAGCUGUGAUCACAGAUUCCUGGCCCCCCUUCCCUCUCCCCCUCCAGCCCCUUUUCCAUACUGAACAUGACAUUUAUGGUAUGGAAUAUCCCUUUGGCCAGCUUCUUCUGUCUUUGCUCCCUCUCAGCUUCUAUGGGAAGCUAAAAAAGUCCUUGACUUAAAAUAAACAUUACUUUGCAACAGCUAAACCAGUAUGUGUUAGCAACAAUCUCCUCAUAAUAAAUCCAAAACACAGCAGCUACUGGGGAGGAAAUGAACUCUAUCCCAGUUGAAGGCAGGACAUCAGUGUUUUGUCUGUUUGCUUCCUCUGGGAUUACUGUAAGACCAUUUUGGUGAUGUCUCAGGAUCAGGUGUUUCUUGCUGUUAGUACAUUUUAAGAAUUAAUAUCAAGAGUCUUGAAUGAAUGUAGUGCUGAGUUACUCAUUCUGUUUAGUUAUCAGCAUGUCAAGGAAUGACUGGCUUCAGAACCCUCAGGUGCAUGUGGCAUGAGCUUGCUUUUUAAAUUAUUUGCAAACUUUGAUUUUUUUGGGGGGCUUUCAUCUGUUUGGAACUUGUGUUUUCAAAGCCCAGAAGGAUUUGUUUUCAGAGUGUGUCAAAUCUGAAAAUGCUAGAGAAAUUCUUCCCCUUCUCUUCAGAGUUAAAAACCUUAAUUUCACCAGUUUCCUGGGCGAUGGCAGACCAAAUGUUAAGGACUUCAUUUUCUGCUUCAGCUGGUGUAUUCCAUUGGUUUCUACAGCAAAAGAAAGCUCAUCUUCCUUCUGUUAAUAGAUAUGCUAUUUAUAGCUCUGAGCUUUUAGAUGAGGAGAACCAGAGUACCAAAAAGGAUAGGAGUUACCCAAAAAGUCUGUGACAGCACUGUGAACUCCUGACUCCCACUCCUGUGUUUUAACCACAAGGCCAGUCUUCCCCAAACAUUCUUCUUUUCGAUUUUGGUUUAAAAUUUAUAGAAUUGGAACUCGGUGCUUUUUGAACUUCGUUGUUUUAUUUCCCAGGCAUCUAGAGCCUAUUUCAGUUGCAUAGUUCAAUUGCAUAUCAUAGAGCAUAUUUCACUUGCAACAAUAGCAUUAACAAUUGCCUAUCAGUGAAUAAAUGUAUAUUUGAAGAAAAGAUAGUUAACAAAGAAAAUUCAGGCAUAUCCCCUUAUUAUUUUGCACUUAGUAAGAUCCUUUGCCUUUCCAGUAAUAGAGAUCCAGAGUUACUCUGUUGAUUUCACUGGAGUUUGUUUGGAUUUGUAUUUGAGUAAGUGUGAGCAGAAUUCCUUGUUGUUAGAAGGAAGUGAAAUGUUCGUAAUUCCAGUAAUCUUCUAAAUGGGUGUAUUUAUUCCCAAAGUUAAAAAAAAAAAAAAGGUAAUUUAGGGAGUGCAGUAAGAUCAUAAGUAAUUUCUAGUAAAUGAUAGAGUAGUGCUUAAUCCUGAAACAGCUGGUUUAUUUGGGAAGUGUUUAUUGACUUACAGAUGAACUUCGCGGGUUACAUACUUUGCUGAAAUAACUGGGCCUGGCUACAGAAGACCUGUCAGUUCACACAUACCUGAAAGUAGAUAUUUUGUGAAAUGACAAGGUUCUGCAAAAGCUUCUUUUACCUCUCACUUUGGUUCUGAACUAUGCUUGAAUCUCUCAGCUCAUAGUACCUUUCACUGAAGUUUUCUUUUAGCGUCUUCUGCCAAGAGUUUAGAGUCUGGAAUUCUGAGUGCCUGCCUAUAGUCUCUGGUUUGAUUCUGUUCGCAGUUUAAUAGCGUCUUCCAAAAACUGUAGGUGAAAACUAGAUCUGAUGGGUUAGAUUUUAGUUUUAACUCAAUAAUCUCAAAUAAUUAACACCUAGACUGAGUAAAAAUGCUCAAUCUGAUACUCAAAAUUUAAGAAACAGUAGCAUUAAAAUGUUUUUGCACGUGUCCACUCCCGCUAACAUGGGUUUUAUUCACAGUAUCCAAUCAGGCCAAGCUUCCCUCACCAGUUGUCUUCCUCUCUGGCGAGUUGGUCUCCUUCCCCUCUGGUCCUAGUUGUGAGUUUCCUCUAGUCUAAGCUUUCUGAUCCCUUCAGUUGAUGCUGUGCUUGUCCUCUAUAUGAAUUAGAUGGCACUUUCUUUCCAAAAUUUCACUUUGAAGGUCUCCUUGAGAGCAAAGGAGGUAGUCUUCCUCUUUUCCUGGUCAUAUGCUGAUGAGGAAAAAUUGCUAUAGAGAAAGUCUGGGUUUGCUUCUGGAACUCCAUGUGGGAAUUCAGUGAUGUGAGGAUACUGCACAAGAGGCAGCUUUGGGAGUUGUGAGUGGCUUGAGAACGCUUAGAGAGAAUGAAUUUAUUAGAGAUCUCCCCUGAAAAUCAAAUGCAUUCACCAUCAAGUUUGUGCGGGGUUUGGGGUUUUGUGAGGCUUUAGGUUGGUCAGUUUUUGAUCGAAUUUCAUGGCUUCUCAAAAGGCACGUUCCUGAUACAAGAGUCACCUUGUCGUAGGGGAAUUCAAGAAUUGAGACUGAGGGAAAUGUCUGCCUCGACAGUGUUCAGCUCUAACACUUCAAGCUGUAACCAUCAAACAGCUUUCCUCUCUGCACCGAGGAAGGUUCAGCCUUGAGCAUCUCCAUUUCCAGCAAGGUUCUCUGCUGUCUGGAGAACUCGUCCAACAGUUACGUUUUGGCUCAGAGUCAGCAACACCAAUAAUUGUUGCCAGCGUUUCUGAGCUUCCUACAGUCAGGAAUUGGCUUUUUCACCUGGAAUGGCUCUGGACUGAAGGAACCGACACGGAGCAAGACUGGGCUGGACCCUGGAAGGAUCUGACUGACUCCAGGAGGAGCAACUUGGCUGUCUAACCUGCCAUGCUGGGAGCUAAGGAGAUUUAACACCACUGCAGAUGGCUGCCUGCAGCCUGGCUGUAGGACUGUGGCUCCUGCUGCUUCUCCAGGAUAUCCAGACAGCCCCACAGACAUCAUUAAACCCAUCUCAUUCCUGUGAUACACUUGAGAAUUGGUUCUAUGAUGAAUCUUCACGAAGCUGCUGUUACCAGUGUCCCUCAGGCUAUGUUAAAAAGAAAUCCUGUCCUAGGGACCCAGCUGGAGACUGCAUGAGGUGUGGACCCGAACAAUAUGUGAAUAAUGAAGAGUCCCAAAAGCCACGAUGUGACGCUUGUGUAUCAUGCGCAAAAGAAUCUGACCUGGUGGAGAAGAAGCCCUGCUCCUUCAAUUCCAGCCGCGUGUGCGAGUGCCGCCCGGGCCUCUUCUGCCAAACCCCUGUUGUGAACACCUGCAGCCGAUGCCAGCAGCACACCGUUUGCCAGCCUGGCUUUGGAGUCAAAGUCAGAGGCACCUCAACAACUGAUGUUACUUGUGAAAAGUGCCCUGCUGGGACCUUCUCUGAUCAACACUCCAGCACGGACAUCUGCAAGCCCCACACAAACUGUGCCAAGUUAAACAAAGUAGCUCUACACAAAGGCAAUGCCACACACGAUCAGGUUUGCCUGGAUGAAUUGCCCACCCACCUCACCCCAAGCACUUUGUCCAUGAGAUUCAGCGAUGAAACAAAUAACUCUGGCAUCAGGAGGCGUGAGGAGAACCCGGUGACCAUUGUUAGCAUCCUCUUAAGGGCCACAACAACUGAAAAUCUCAGUUCAACUCCUGAGAGUAAAGCUCCACCUGGAACUUCUCCUACAUCAGCCAAGGGGGAGAUGACAACGGGAGGUCUCGUUCUCUGGGGAGUGGUUCUCUCUGGGAUGGUGCUUCUUGUGGGCGUGCUGUUAUUUUGGAAAAGGAAGGUUUGCAAGAAGCGGAUCCUCAUCCUCAAAGGAAAGCCAGCACAUCUGCAAUCCGUCAUCGCACACAAACCCAGGCUCAAAUCUCAAGGUUCUGAUCGAGUGAACAAAUGUGCGAUCGUCCUGACUACUGACAGUGGGCUGGAAGAGAAGGAAUUAAUUGACAGGACCCUCCCUUUGGAAACCAACAAUAACUUGGUCUCCAGUACAGAAAAAUCAUAUAGUCCUGAGCUGAGUCUGACGGAUGUGACCCAGAGCAAUGGAAACACCCCUGCCGAUUGCCCCACCGAUUCUCGAGUGAGAGACCACACAAAUAAUCGAAUUGAAAAAAUAUACAUCACGAACGCCGACACGGUUAUUGUGGGGUACAUUCCAGAGGUGCUUAGUGGGAAGAACUGUGCUGUUAGAGGAUGUGAAAAUAGUGUUGAUGCCCAGGAAAACACGGAAGAGGAGCUGGCAGUGCACUAUCCGGAGCAGGAAACAGAGUCUUUUCCAGGGAAUGAUGUGAUGGUUCCUGUGGAAGAGGAGGGAAAGGAAUUUCAUCACCCCACCACUGCUACUGAAAAGUGAUAACCCUCUGAGCAGAUGUGGGAAGUUAUGAAAACAUCCAGCACGACACUAAACCCGAGUCUCUGACAAGGGAGGUAAAACCAAAGUGCCUUAGAUUGUCUGAAAACUCGUGUAAAACACUGAACCACGUUCAAACAAGGAGUGCUAGAACCUAUCUCCUCUAACAAACGAGAGGAUCCUCCAAACCGUUGGCCUUCACAAGUGACCUCAACUAUUUCUCUUUCCUUCUGUCUCCCAGUAUCAUGCUGGAAACAAAUUUGGAUCAGAGCUACAAAAUUCAGAGGCCAUCUGGAUUCCAGCUCCCGUGCCACAGGUUGCUUUCUCUGCAUGAAGGAAUGGAUUGAAAACAAUAUCUGAUAACUUCUAUUAGUUAUGAAACUUCUGCCCAGAAUUCUGAGCUCGAGACUCCACCAUGUUCCGUAUGCUGUUUCUAUUCCAGUAUUACCAACACUUCCAAUUUUGUCAUAUAUUUUGCCUCAUCUGGUAGUUUUUUUAAGGCCUCAACUCCUGGCUGAAAGUAAUGACAUUUUCCGUUUUCCCUAACACAAACAGAACCCUUCAGUUUGUGGACUUCAUGUUUCUUGAGGAAAUAGGGUCAAAACAUGCCAAACAGACUCAGAAAACAGAAGGCAAAUAAAAUAAAUUGAAGUCUGCAGUACUUUAGGGCAUUCUUUCUAAUAUUUGAAGUCUGAUUCAUGUCUUUUGACUACUUAAAAUCAUCAGUAAAUGUAAAAAAAUGCUCUCUUCUGAUGGAAGCCAUACUGGCUGAACAUUUGGAUAUUGGAUGAACUAUGGGUUUAGCCCAGCAUGCAGUCGGUAAAAAGGGAAAAAAAGAAGAUAAAUUGGUUUUCUACUAAAAGGAAGGACUGAAAAACAGGCUCAGCAAUUAUUUCCUAUAACAUUGUUAAUAUCUGCUUGGUUUAGAAUUGCUCAGAAUCAUCAGGGUGACACUGAUUUGCAUAUCUAUUCUUUAAAAAAACCCUGUUUUGUGGCCAACUGGCUUGUGUUAUGCUUUUUUGAUAACUGUAAAUGUAAUAGUGCUGACUGUGUUUUUGCACAGGACAAUGGAAAAUGAGCGAGAUGACAAAGUGUGCCUUAAUAGUCAAAAAAAGAAACCACAAAAACAAUUACUUGCUUUGUAGUUUUACCCUGGACAGAGCACUGUAAUAACAGCUCUGCAACUUCAGCAUCUUUUGCCUUAGAACACACAAAAGGAACACGAGGGCAGAAAAACCACCACCUUGGAUUGUCUCUCUGACAGUGGCAGUAAGAGGCGUUAUUUGGGAAGAGCACAUAAGCCUGGUCAGUAUCUGCUGUUUGCAUUCCUCGUGCUUUGCAGCAGCAGCUGUAAUCGGAUUAAGGAUGUUAAAGAGUUUGUCCCAGUAUUCAUUCAUAUUGCCAUUAAUUUUUCUUCUCUCUUUUGAAUUUCCUGGAGCAAUCUGCCUCCAUGAGCACCUGUGGCGAGAGAUUACAGAUUUACCACUCUUAAACUGCCCCUUACUUAUUCAGUGAGUGCCACUGAUUCUUAUAUGGCAGAAUCUAGUGCAAUACUGAGUUGCUUUUAUGAUUCUUGAUCGUAUCCUCCUCAGCCUCCAAGCUGAGUUCCCAUCUCUUCCCAUUUCUCAUGUAAGUUAGGUGCUCCACUGCCUUGGUCAUUUUGGUUGACCUCUUCUGCAUCUUCUCUAACUUCACUACAUUCUUCUGGACAACUGGAGGCCAGAGCCAUGCACUGUGCUGAAGAGGAGUGGGCCAAGGUUUUAAAUAUGCCAAAAUGAUACUUUCCUAUUUUAUUCUCUGUACCUCCCUAGAUGAUGCCCACCAUCUGUUUGCUUCUUUUUUUUGGCUGCCCCUGCACACUAAGCAGAUGAUUUCAGAGACCCAUCAGGAUGACUCCCCAGUCCCUUUGCUGACAGCUGCUGGAUGGGGGUGCAGCACCGCGUAUGGCUGGUUAUUUUUCCCUAAAUGUAUUGCCUUGGGUUUAUCCAUGUAGAAGCUCAUUUGCUAGCUUUUAAUGAGCUCCUUCUGGCUUUAUUUGCCUCCUGUGUGUCAUGUAACUUAACUGGAGAAGUUUAGCUUUGCCUUCACUCUGUGGGCACUCUCUCCUCCAGAUCAUCCGUUAAGUUAUUGGACAGAAGCCCUGAUCCCUACUGCUGACUGGUCUCUACUCUGAAAAAUGACCAUUAUGCCGUGCUCUUUCCUUCCUGCCUUUUCAACAGCCAUAACUUUUGUAUCCUGUAACCUUUUAGCAGAUCCAUAAAUCCUCCAGUCCUGCGACAACUCUCUUUUUCCACCACCUUAGGUGUGGAACCUCAUCAAAGGCUUUUUGAAAAUCUCCACGUGGUAGGCCCACUGCAUCUUGUUUAUCUGUUAAGCCUCGCAGAAUAAGGGAAGGUAUGUUAGCAAGAUUUUGUGGUUGAAGAAAUAAAUCCAGAGAAAAUCCUACUUUUCUGGAACUACAGCCCCAGAGAUGAAGUGGGAGCAUCUCAGCAUUACGGCAUCUAGUCACUGACUUUCCUCAGAGGAUGAUCUACUUGUAGAACAUUUGAAAACUGGUUGUAAUUUCAAGUGUUUGUUCCAGUAUUUUCUUCCUCUCUGCAAGUCCAGAACAUACAAUAAUUUCUAAAAAUAACUGCUGCCACUCUAUAUUUUAGUUCAUUGGUUGCAUCUUGCAAGAGAGGUGAUUAGUGAAUCCUUUCUGUGUACUUCUGUGUUUGUGCUCGUACUGUUUCAUUCAGAAGAUAAGCUGCUCCUAGUGCCUGGAUCGACGUUUCCCCUGGCUGUCCGUGUUGCCGUGCCAGUGGCCGCUACGUGAGGCGGGAAGGAAACGGAAUUAACGUUUUUUGGUUUAAGUGCUUGUUGUGCAACAGAAGGUCAAGUCACCAAGUACUGACGUGAAACAGUAAUGCAAGGAAGAAUUAAAAGCCCUGUAGGAUAAAUACUGCUCACCCCUUCAUCACUUCCAGUCAGGGCAGUUCCUUGUCCCAGUGCAUACACUUCAUUCUAGAAAAAUACAGGAACUUCUAUUUCAUUUUAGAGAACACCGAUUUGUGUAUCCACAAAUGGGGAAUAACCACGUUCACCUGGCUGUGACUGUUAAAGGGUGUUCUGCAACAACAGCUAAAUAUGUAUUUCAGCUCUGUAUAUACAUUGAUCUUUUUACGGGAACAGCUUUCUAGAUGAAUGGCGCAUUGCAAUCUGUUGGAUGUGUUAUAAUUGCUUAGUUUAACAAUGCAGGUAAUCUUUGAAUUAAAAAUGA